CAAACAUAUGUUCAACUAAAAGAAAGCACAAUGGAUAUCCAAAAAGGGAUCUUAGCAAAUUCCUUAAGAAAUAAACUAAAUUUCCUCAGUCCGCUCUCUCACAGGCCAAAACUUACAAAUGUUCGUACAGGACGUUCUAAAAUCCCGAUCACUUUUAACAGAAAUUCAUCGAGGAAAAAUCCUAAAAUAACGGUUACAACUGUGAAGAAGUUAGAUAUUUUUAAAAAUUCCAAGAUGCCUGCUAUCUCUGUGUCAAGGUAUAGCGAUCUUGAUGGAGACUACACUAAAGAGGUAGGCCUGAGGUUCAGAAGGAGUAGUAACCAACUUAUGCUUUUUAUUAUAUCAUGUUACGAAGCCUUUAUGAAGUUUUCGAAGCUAACAGAUCUUUUAUUCUCACACUUUGGUUCAAAUGCUUAUUACUAUAGGGGAUUGAUAAUAUGAAGACACUAG